UGUCAUUUUAAUUAGGUUGUUUUCAAAUUCAAUUAAACCGCCUUUCUAUUUUUACAUCUAAAAACAACCGAAAUUACGUUUAAAUAAUGCGGUAAUUAAAAGUUUUCGAAUGCACUAUAGUGUUGGUUAAUUAAAUAUUCAAUAAUGAAUAUACCUAAUGAAGAAAAUAGUAAAAAUGACAAAGUUACUAACAACGCGUCGUGUAAACCUCCAGAUAUCCACGAUUUCUGUAUUAUUAAACCUAUAAGUCGCGGAGCAUUCGGUAAAGUGUUUCUGGGAGCGAAAAAAACUAAUAUGGACGUAGUGUACGCGAUUAAAGUGAUGAAAAAAACGGAAAUGGUGAACAAAAAUAUGGUUUCUCAGGUCGUCAACGAAAGGAACGCGCUAGCACUUACAAAAAGCCCUUUCUGCGUCCAGUUGUAUUAUUCCCUUCAAACCACCUCUUCAAUAUAUCUUGUCAUGGAGUACAUGGUCGGAGGAGAUUUGAAAUCGUUGUUAAGCGUUUAUGGAUUCUUUGACGAACCUAUGGCCUUAUUUUACAUUGCAGAAGUAUCCCUUGCCUUAGAGUACCUUCACCAACAUAGCAUUAUUCACAGAGACAUUAAACCUGAUAAUAUGUUACUAUCAAAGGAAGGGCAUGUAAAACUAACCGAUUUUGGAUUAUCGAAUGUCCAUGUUCAUAGGGAUUUAGAAUUUUCAGAUUUUGAGAAUUGCACCCCGAACAUGUGGGCGCGAACGCCUGGACAGCUACUUAGUUUGACGUCGCAUUUAAGUUUUGGUUCGGGUAAUUCGAAGUUUAUCUCCAGCAACCACAAUAAUAGUUCAGUUUUUUGUAAUUCAUUUGAUAAUUCGGUUUUAAAAGAGAGUAAUACUUCGACAUUAGGCAAAGACAGUGUGGACUCGAAUUUAUCGAACGAUAAGAAAAGUAAGAAUCAUACUGGUUUUUCUGGGGUGGAUUUUUUAUCUGCUGAAAUAAACACUCCAUUAAAGUUGUCAGAAAAAAGUGAAAACUCUUCGUACUACACGUGCGAGUCCAGUGCCCAGAGCUCUAUACCUUAUGAUGAAAGUCAUAAUAGUACUCCUGGAGAUAGCAUAGAUCACAGUGGAGCGUCUCCGAUCAGUCGCAAAAUACCGAGCAGAUUGGGACUUUAUUACAAAGGUCGCGAGACUGAGAGGAAAAGGAAGUAUCGGAGCCCAAGCCCUAACCGUUCCAAGAAGGCCUAUUUGAAGACUGGUCUGACCGGCGAAAUGGAGAUUUUAAGGCUGGAUGCUGUAAUCUCUCCGAAAGGCGUGACAUUUUCUACGCCAGUCUCAGCCCAGAAGACGUCCAAAUCGAAAACCGCCAGGUUCGUCGUGCCCAACAUAACCCCCGACCAAAAACGUCCCGAAGUCAGCCCCAUAGUCAACGAAGCGCCCAAGAGUGAGACCCCCAAAACGCCCAGGACUCCAUACAGAACGCCGAAAUCGGUGAAAAGAGGUCACUGGAGCUCCGACCAACGCAUACUGGGCACCCCCGAUUACUUGGCUCCGGAACUACUGUUAAAAAGAGGCCACAACCACGCUGUCGAUUGGUGGGCGCUGGGAGUGUGUCUGUAUGAAUUUGUGACCGGAAUACCACCGUUCAACGAUGAAACGCCGCAGCAAGUGUUUAAAAACAUACUUUCUAGAAAUAUAGAAUGGCCUACGGAUGACGAGGCGCUUUCUGAACCGGUUGUGGAAGCUAUAGAAGCGUUGCUAGUUCACGAUCCAGACUGUAGGCCGGAUGCUCAGAGAUUGAGGAGCAUGGACGCUUUCCGGCAUCUGGAUUGGUCGAAUUUGCUGAGCGUGGGUCCGCCCUUUGUGCCUGAUCCUUGCGAUCAUACGGACACGGCUUAUUUCCAGGCUAGGAACGAGCUGUUGAACUUUGACCUGUCUAACUUCGAUCUGUAACGUUACCAGUGUUUGAAUUGUCUGUAAAUUUAUCCCAGAAGUGAUAUUUAUUUUUAGUGCUUUUAUAGUUUGAAAUGUAAUUUAUUAGCAUUUGUUGAAGUAAAAGACUUAGUUCAUAA